AAACGUGUUGUUCACUUGAUAUAGUGUUUUCAAAAAUUUUCGAUUUAAAUGUACAAAUAGAUAUACGAUACAGAUAAUAAAAGGUUACCUGAGUUAAUCAAGCGAUAUUAAUCAAAAAAGGCUGCAGUUUGGUUUCGUUUUCCGUUUAGGACUCCGCUGAAUAAUUAUCGUUCACGCUACGCGGCGUUUCCACAUUUUUCCCCGUUACAUUCCUCUGAACGCUCUUAGAAAGAUCCAUGCACCGCGAUCUUGAUGUAUUCCGAACGUUAGUUUACUUUUACAAAUCUGAUAAAACGCACGUUCCACGAACAGUGUCAACGAUCGGUGUUAACCGGUAGAGAAGAAAACAGGUUGUUUUCUGAAUUUCGGCCAAUAGCUGAAUCCAUAAUGGAUUAACGGGUUUUAGAAAGUUUCGCGAAUUACUAUGCGAACCAUUUAUCGAUGAUUUGUGACAUUUCCAUAUUUUGGGACAGUGAUCGUCGUUAAUAACUGUUUUAAAUGGCAUCAAUCAAAAAGGAGAAUGACAUUUCGUUUAAAUUCGCGGAAGAAUCAUCGAAAUAUCUUUGUCUUAUCUCGAAUUAAAAAUUACCGCACGAUCAUCUUCCUCAUUUUGAAAGAAAAAGAAAAAAAAAAAUUAUUGGAUUCAAAGAUGACCCUGAAUUCUUAACGAAGAGCAGUGUAGUACACGUGGGCUGAUUUUUAAACGUGGCCACUCUCUCCGGACGACUUUUUCCGCCGCUUCAAUCCGGAACAACAUUUCGAUAGUUUUCUCUUCAAUGAUUCAUUGUUUCCUUUUCGUCGAGUUCCAAGAGCAUGCAUCAAACAUUCCAUUUGAAAGAUCGAUUUUUGAUAUACGGCUAAUAUUCAACGAUCCAGCAUUUACGCCUCUUAUACUGAUGCCUCGACGUCCCGAUUCAUAAUUUGGCCGGCUCCUGUUUUACGGAUCUACGAUUUUCUCGUGCACAUGAAAGAUUCACGAGUUUCUGGCUGAAAUUGUUAGAAUUGUCUCAAAAUUUCAAUUGUAAAAAAGGGGAUAAUGGUGUGUAAUCUUAACGGCAUAGCAAGGGAAAUGAUUAAUGGAAACGUUUCGCGUCAACGUGACUACAUUCACCUUGACCGAAGAAAGUGUUACACCGGUUUUUAACCUGUACUGGCCGAUUCAUGAAUGUACAACCAUAUCCAAACGAUGAGCGCGACGAUGAUCUUGUUGAUCCUCGUGAUAGGAUUAACCAACGGUCAAUUGAACUUCGAGGGUAACCCGUUGACAGAGAACACGGAGUACACCGCCGUGGAGUCGCGAUUCUCCGAAAAAACCGCAGCGAACGUGACCAGAAUCUCGACCGAAUCUUCUCGGAACUUUCAUCUAUUAUCCCCUGACGCUAAAAACGUGUCUCAAUUUGCGGAUCCGAUAAAUACUCAUCUGAUGUCAAGUCAAGAGGACUUGUCACAGCUAACGAAGCAACAAAAAAUCGUUCAAACUGGCCGUCAUCUGUCUGCGAAUACGUACAGUCAAACGACCGCUUCGACGAUCAACAACAACGCCGAAACAGCUUUGAACAAUUUUCUAAAUUCGAAAACGCCAGAGGAAUCGCGCCUGUCCCUGAACUAUUACUUGCAAAGCAGAGAAACAUCCCAGAAUGUCCAACCAACGGUCGCCAAUCAACAGCAAUUAACGCAACAACCAGUAAUACGAGUUAAUCAGGAACCCGCGUCUUCUCCGGUGAACCAACACUUGACUGCGCAAAUCGUGCAACAAAGACAGGCGUUGCAGGCAUUUCCAGCUAGGCAGCAACUGGUUAAUCAACCGACCUACAGCGCGCCUGCGAUCAACCCGGUUGAUCCUCGCCCGACUGUGUCAAAUCCGGCAGCCGUAUCUCUGAUGCAGCAACAGCAAGCGUUGCAACCGUACGCGCCUGGAAUUCAAAUGAGAAACGACUACUAUCCUGGAUGGUAUCAACGGGUAAGAAGAGUGCGAGGGAAACCGUUCCCUUACGCGCAAUCGAGGAUCGGGCCAGGAUUCUACGUCGGUCCUGUCCCAUCAGCGCCAUUCAAGGAGAAAGGCCCACCCGUUGAAGUAAUUUACACGAAGCCGCCAGGAUUUCAUCGCGGACCAUUCCCUGUGAAGAACAAUCCUCCUGUUCCGUACGAAGACGGCAGCGCUUGGUUUCCCGAAGUUGAUCAACCACCGCCAUCCAAAGACGUCUACUAUUCUCAGAUAUACGCUCAAUCGUACGAUCCUUAUUAUUACAAUUAUAUCGCCAAAACGGGGAAGAUAAAGCCUCAUCUGUACGGGAAGUUGGGUAAGUAUCACGAGGAGGAGGAGGACGGAAUUUGGGCGGAAUUGUACCGAGGAUUCAAGAAACAUGGCCUUAAGAACAUCAUGACGCCAACGUUUCUGUUGGGAAUGACUCUUCCAGUGGUCACUCUGAUGCUCACGGCUCUUGUGCAGAAGAGAUCUCUGUCCAGAUCGGAUUCGAGAGAAUUCUCAACGGAGAGCACGAUUCAGGAUUAUUUAGAACAGGUCCAGAGAGCAGUAGAAUGUUACGAGAGGAAAAGAAGGAAGAGAGAUGCGAACAUAGAUGAGUGUUAGAACGAAUCCUACUGAUUUAGUGAAUGUGGAUAUUGAAUGGGCAGCGGAUGAAAUGGAAAGGAUGUCAAGACGUUUUGUACAUAUUUCGUGUAACAUAAUAACGAGAGAAAUGCUUGUAGGAUGCUUGUAUAGAACAGAAAGUGCUUUCUCUCAGCAGAAAAUGAUUCUCAUAGACAAUACUUUAUUGAUGAUUAAUCCACCACGGUGAUAUCCAAAUGGAGAAGGUGACAGUGAAACGUUUCUCGUGGCGAGAGUAGCUAACGUGAGAAGCCAACUUUUGCGGGUCAAUUAUCUAUGUGACCCUGUUCGCAUCCGCACGUGGGUGUGCAACUCGCUGAUAGUAAGAUUAAUUACCAAUGAUACUGGGUUACUUUUACUUUUCUAAUAAACUUGACUCGACCACACGAGAAUUAGUAAUAGCGGUUUCGAUUAUAAAUGACGAGAUUGGGAAAUACAAAAACGUUGAAACUUGAUUGUAGAGUAUUAAUUUAAUUUCUCAAUACUCAAUUCUUUCUUUGUUAUCGUAUUUUAAAUAUCGUUUCUUCUUUAAGUAGGGAAAGGCAUUUGAAUUGGUAAUGUCCGACCUAUAUUUGAGUUAUGUGACGUGCGUUGACUCUCAAAUUAGAAAUAACAUUCGUGAUUUUAUUGCACUGCGGUGCGUGCAUCAUGACACAGAAAUGAAUAACCGGUUUGACCAUUUAUGGAUGUGCCGAGCAAAGUGUCACGCAUAGAUUUUGUUGAAAUUUUGCCCGAAGAUCUAAAAAAAACUGUGACUGAGUAUUGUUUCUAUUUUAUUUAAUUAAUUAAUAAUUGAAAACAUUAGCAUCACGAUUCUAAUUUCUAUGUUUUCUUUAUAUCUUUUAUUCUAAAUUAUUAAGUAGCGUAGGAAAGGAAACAAAAAAAUCAUUAAAAGAUCAGUGUAUUACACUUUAUAUGAUCCCCUUACUAAUGGUUUAGUCGUUUUGAUUCUACAACCUGUUUCGUAAAGUGGACCAAUGAACGCAUCGUUUCCAUUUAUCUCUUACAAGUAAUUCGUUUCAAGUUAUAUCAAUGCAAAUUUAUUCAAAUAUUUUCAUUUUAUUGCAGUUUCUUGCUAUGAGUCUUUUACUAAAAAAAGAUCUAAUAAAUGUGUCACGUUUUGAAUUCUGUUCAUGCGCUGAUGUAACUCGAAUAUACGAUGUUGAUUAGAGUACACGACGAUAAGGUCAAUUACGAUAACUUGAAACGAAUUACUUGUAAGAGAAUGAAGUUGUAAAUUAAGAUUCAUAUACAAUGAAGCGACCCGUUUGCAGUCUAAGAAAGAUUUAAAAUCUCGGUCAAUUUUCUCAUCAGCCGGAAAUAAGUAAAUGUACAUAGAAGCGUGCUACUUAGCUUGUUGUAUUUUUAGUCCAAAAAAGCGAGACAGCCAACAGAUCUUUGGAUGACACUGAAAUAACAGGCAUACUUGUUCAAAACCGGUUUUUCUGAGGUCAACUUGCACUUUAAACGCAGGAAGUCCACUAAUGAUUUCACUGGUAUUUUUUCAUCGUUAAAUGUCAAAAAUUAUUCCAUCAAAGUUUAUGCAUUUAUAUUGUAAAUGUCAAUCGUAAUUACUGAACUAGGAAAUGUAUGCGUUUAAAUAAACAUCAGUGUGCUAGAUGUAAUAGAUCUUCCAACGUGAAAAUAAAUUUAUUCCUCGUGGACACCGACCAAUCGAUAUGUAAUUGAAUUAUUUCAUCAAACGAUUGAUGGUUCAACUCAUGGGUCAUGAGACCCAGACGUCUUGUACGUUCCGCCAUAAUCAGAAGCAAUGAUUAAUUUCGACUCAAUUUUCUGCACACUAUCUAAAAAAAAAAAAAAGAGAGAGCAUUAUUCAAUGUGUAUCGUUAACAAUUGUUGCAGUGCGUUCUUUCAUUACUUACCGAUAUUCCACUAGAAAAGUAGCAGAGAAAGUAAGUAUACGAAGAAUGGUAACGCGGAGGGAAACAUUUUCAUCCGAUAAAAUUCCAACGUAAAAUUGCGUUGUUAGUCACAAUAAGAUCGGUGGUUUAUUAACGAAAAAUAUAUCAUAUAUUUUGUUGCAUCUAGUUUCUACAAUUAUAACUUACGAUAGGCAAAACCGGAUCUUUUUUUCUUGUUUACAGGAUAUAUGACAUAGUUCCAUUUAUUUCGACAACGAGACAAAUCAUAUAAACCGCUUUCGAUACGAAAAUAUAAUCAUUAAAAUGAAUAUUAAUUCCAGUAAUCAUUUAAAUAUUAUUAAAAUAAUGUAACAGAAAUUAAUCAUCGUCGGUCGGUUGUUCGUGACUUAAGAAUCAAAAGAAGAAAAUGUAUACUGUACAAUUCGCGUGCAAUAGAAGAAAAUAUAAAAGGUUCAAUGAACGCUUCGUUCACUUAACUGGACUAGACUAAAAGAUUCGUGUUAAACAAUUAACAGGUUUGGUAAAUUUUUAUGCGUUCCUCAUAUAUUUUAUCUUCUACAUGACAUACGAUUUUAAAAAAUGAUCUUCGAAAAGAAAACAAAUUUCUCGACGACAUUUUCUUUUCAGAAGAAAGAUUUUUAAAAUUAUUUGUUGGCGUAGUCUGUGACUUUCAUAGGGCAUAGAAAUAAAAAAAUAUAGAACAAUAUAGAGUAAUGGAAUUUAUGAGAGCAGAUUGUAAUUGGACUUAUAAGAGUCACAGCUCUUUUGUGGAUAAGGCUCCUGUGAAAUGAUUCUUGUAACUAA